UGUUUAUGGGUACUUAAAUGUCAUCAAACGUUUGUUUUUGUUUUGAAAAAGGAUUAAGCGCCAAAGGCUAAAGUUAACUUUAAAAUGAAACCUGAUAGAAAGUACAGUAAAUAGUUAAAACUUAAGAUGUCUAAACGAUUAGUAUUCCCGCAACAAUGUGGAGAAAGAAAAAAACCAAAACUUGAUAUUACCGUAUCCGAUCACAAUUUUCCUUUAAGUCAAAAUGCUGGACCUAGCAAAGAUGUUAGCCAAGUGGACAAUUGGGGCGAUGACAAUGACGAUGAAAUCCUUCUACUGGCGAGUCAGGCAUGCGAGGAAGCUUACAAUGACAAUAAUACUACGUUACCUGACUACAGCAUAUGCAUGCAACCGUCUUCAACAAGCACUCAAAUUAACAAAGAAACACCGAGUACAUCUAAACAGGAAUUCUCGUUUAAAAAGCCUACCUUCAGUCCAUUGAGUGCAGUCUCGACCAAAAUGAGGAGUAGUUUCAAAACAAUAUCUUCUCCGCUACCCGGCAUGGCAAAGGAUUGCAAAACCGAUGGCGUUAAAGUUAGUGAUGAAAUAAUAUUUAACGAUCACAUACACAAAGGUCAAGAUUUCAACCAAAUGUAUCGCCAACUACUGCAACUACAAGAAGAGAAUACAAAAUUGAAAUCUGAAAAUGGUAAAUUGUUGGAGAAAUGUUUUACGAAAGAAGGUGAGGCUUCCAUUCUCCGAACUCAGCUCAAAACUUGUCAGACAGCUGUUGACAAUGCUCGAUUAGAGAAAAUAAAGGCUCAGGAGAAAGCUCAGAUGGAAUGGUCAGAAAAAUUAAAUGCUUUGAGUAACCAAAUGCAUGAUUUACAAAAUCAGCUGGAUUUUAAGAAUUUAGAAAUGAUAAGUGUAAAAGAGAAGUGCAAGAUGCUCGAGUCAAACAAAGUGAAACUUACCCAAGUCACUGUUGCCGGUAAUGACAUAUUUGGAAGUCAAAGGCAUAACAACGGCGUUUGUAUUAAACAAGAUGCAGCAAGUCAUGUAAAGAAAGUUAAAACUUUGUCAAAUAGUGUUCAGACGGAGGACAAGUCACAUUUUUUAAAGUUAAACCUAGUUUUAAGAGAAGAAGAAUCAAAAUUAUCACAAAUAUUACCAUUUAUCUUAGAACCAACGACAGAUCAGUAUUCUAUUCUGAACUACAACGAGAAACUACGGCAACGGACCGACGUACAGAAUAAAUGUAGAAUAUUCAGCACAUUUCAUAAGUUACCGAAGACGAGAGUCAAGAAAGAUAUUUGUAAGACUCGGGUUAAUUUGAAUUGUAUUUAUGAAGACCUUAGUUACAUAUCAGCUAAUAGAAAUGGCAGUGUCGAGAUGUAUUUGAAUAUUGUUAAAGUUACUAUGAGUACAUUAAAAGAACUUAGGCAAGAACUCGAAGCAAUCAUUCACAGACUGACAUCUGCUUUUCAAAAGGAAAUGGAUGAGAGGUACAUUGAUGCUACGUCAAAACCGCUAAUUGUUAAAGAGAAUGAAUUACUAAGUGGCAGGAUUUUGUAUAAAGAAGAACAAGGUUUACUAGCUAGACGAGUCAUUUGUGUUCUAUUUUACCUUCUAGAAGAUAAUAGAAAUAAUGAGUUAUAUGAAAUAUUACUGGACGACGAAAAGCAGUCAAAUGAACAAACAUAUUCUUUUGUUAAUGAAAUCAGUGAGAUUUGCUUAUUGUUGGAUAAUGCGACAUGCGCCCUACUCUACAGCGGUCUACUAACAUCUAUAACGUUACUAUUGCAAGCCAUUGCUAGUCACCGAGAUAGAAAUACACAGUUAUUAAAAAUAUGCAAGUCCAUAAUAAUAUCAAGGCCAUUACCGUUUGUUACAAAGCAUAUAUUGAAUUUAUUAGUAAAAUUAUCUUGUAACGAUAACAUAUUACCAGAAAUAUGUUCUAGAAGUUCCAGCGGUAACUUAAAACUGGAUUACGAUCAAGGAGUGUUAUUGUAUAAGAAAGAUUCGUGUACAUUACAAGUAAUCUUAAAGCAGACAGAAGUAGCAUUGAAAUGUAUUGAGAAGCACCGGGCAGUGCAAGAAGCGUUAGAUCUCGUUAGAGCUUUACUGCGGUUGUACUGUAACUUGAAUAGUCAAUCUGAUGACCAGUUAGAGACACAUCGAUGUGACUGUCACACUGUAUUCUUACAAGUUAUUGUGUUUGCUCUGAGAAUAUGUGUUGAUUUUCUAAAUAUUGAAAAUAGAACAAAAUUAAGUGAUAACAACCAAUCACUAGAGGCAGAUAUUCUGUCGUCAUGCCUCAGUGCUGUGUCAGUGUUAUCCCGCACCGCGCCGCCCCCCUCGCUACACGGACCACUGCUGGCCUUAGCGGCCACACUGAGGGGACACACCGGGAGAUCCGGCACUAGGGAUACUAGCGGCACUACUGGUGAUAACGGCACUAGUGGCGCUAGCGGCAUCGCCGGCACUAGUGGUGACAGUGACCUGUGUAACAUGCUAUCGGAAAUAACGCAUACAUUCCAAACGUGUCCAGAUGAGUUGCCUCCCAGUUACCACAAAAAAGCCUGGAUCAAAAGCUUUCAAGCCUUUUCGUUAACAGACUGAUUGUGAUAUAUGUUUCAUUUACUGUUGUAAAUACUAUAAAUAUAUGUUAUUUAUAAAAAAGCUAUUGUAAAA